UGGAGGCGGAGCCGGCGGGGGCGGGCCCAGGUAUCAGGUUCGGUUGCGCGGGGCCGCGCGUCUCCCCGAGGUAAAUAGUCGGUGGCGGCUGCGACGACUUUUGGCCUCAGGAGCCGGGGGCCGCAGGAUUGGGAACCGGGCUCCAGCCUGGUCGGACCUGUUGCCUUCAGUUUCCCCAUCCUCAGGGUGAGGAUGCUGUUACACAACCACUUGGAGUUCUUUAGUUGAAAAAUUCUCUGUGGACAGAAGAAUCACAAUGAAUUCAGGCUUAUGGAGCCAAGAAAAAGUUACUUCACCCUUUUUGGAAGAACGGAUUUUUUAUUUGCUUCUUCAAGAAUGCAGUGUUUCAGACAAACAAAAGAUUCUUAAAGUACCAAAGGGGAGUAUAGGACAAUAUAUUCAAGAUCGCUCUUUGGGGCAUUCGAGAAUUCCUCUUUCUAAAGGCAAGAAAAAUCAUAUUGGAUUAAAAAUUUUGGAGCAGCCACAUGCAGUCCUAUUUGUGGAUGAGAAGGAUGUGGUAGAAAUAAAUGAAAAAUUCACUGAAUUGCUUUUGGCAAUUACCAAUUGUGAGGAAAGAUACAGUCUGUUUAAAAACAGAAGCAGACUAAGUAAAGGCCUUCAAAUAGAUGUGGGAUGCCCUGUGAAAGUACAGCUGAGAUCUGGGGAAGAAAAAUUUCCUGGAGUUGUACGCUUCAGAGGACCCUUGUUAACGGAGAGGACAGUGUCGGGAAUAUUCUUUGGAGUAGAGUUGCUGGAAGAAGGUCGUGGUCAAGGUUUCACUGAUGGAGUUUACCAAGGGAAACAGCUCUUCCGAUGUGAUGAAGAUUGUGGUGUCUUUGUGGCUUUGGACAAAUUAGAGCUUAUAGAAGAUGAUGACAAUGCAUUGGAAAGUGAUUAUGCAGGUCCAGUUGAUGUGAUGCAGGUUGAACUUCCUCCUUUGGAAAUAAACUCCAGAGUUUCUUUGAAGGUUGGAGAAGGUAUAGAAUCUGGAACAGUUAUAUUCUGUGAUGUCUUGCCAGGAAAAGAGAAUUUAGGAUACUUUGUUGGAGUUGACAUGGAUAAUCCUAUUGGAAAUUGGGAUGGAAGAUUCAAUGGGAUACAACUUUGUAGUUUUGCAAGUGUUGAAAGUACACUUCUGUUGCAUAUCAAUCAUAUCAUCCCAGCUUUAUCAGAUAGUGUGACACAAGAAAGAAGGCCUCCCAAACUUGCGUUUAUGCCAAGAGGUGGUGGGGAUAAAAGUUUAUCCAGUCAUAGUAAACCAAAGGCUACAGGAUCUACCUCAGACCCUGGAAAUAGAAGCAGAUCUGAAUUAUUUUACACCUUAAAUGGUGGUUCUGUUUAUUCUCAACCACAAACCAAAUCAAAAAAUACAUGGUACAUUGAUGAAGUUGCUGAAGAUCCUGCAAAAUCCCUGACAGAUAUAUCUCCAGAUUUUGGACAUUCUUCACCACCUCUGCAACCUCCUUCUAUGAACUCUUCAACCAACGAGAACAGAUUUCACUCUUUACCAUUUAGUUUGACAAAGAUGCCAAAUACCAACGGAGGUAUUGGGCAUAGUCCUCUGUCUCUGUCUGUUCAGUCAGUGAUGGGAGAGCUAAGCAACUCCCCUGUCCAGGAGAGUCCACCUUUGACUGUACCCUCAAGUAAUUCACAUGGUCUUGAAGUAGGCUCGUUGGCUGAAGUUAAAGAUAAUCCUCCUUUCUUUGGUGUAAUCCGUUGGAUUGGUCAGCCACCAGGACUAAAUGAAGUAUUAGCAGGACUGGAACUGGAAGAUGAAUGUGCAGGCUGUACAGAUGGAACUUUCAGAGGUACGCGUUAUUUCACCUGUGCCCUGAAGAAGGCGCUGUUUGUUAAACUCAAGAGCUGCAGGCCUGAUUCUAGGUUUGCCUCACUUCAGCCAGUUCCCAACCAGAUUGAACGGUGCAACUCUUUAGCAUUUGGAGGUUACUUAAGUGAAGUGGUGGAAGAGAAUACUCCACCAAAAAUGGAAAAAGAAGGUUUAGAAGUAAUGAUUGGAAAGAAGAAAGGUAUCCAGGGACAUUACAAUUCUUGUUACUUAGACUCUACCUUAUUCUGCUUAUUUUCUUUUAGUUCUGUUUUGGACACUGUCUUACUUAGGCCAAAAGAAAAGAAUGAUGUAGAAUAUUAUAGCGAAACUCAAGAGCUACUGAGGACAGAGAUUGUAAAUCCUCUUAGAAUAUAUGGAUAUGUUUGUGCCACAAAAAUUAUGAAACUGAGGAAAAUACUUGAGAAAGUUGAGGCUGCAUCAGGUUUUACCUCAGAGGAAAAAGAUCCUGAAGAAUUCUUGAACAUCUUGUUUCAUCAUAUUUUGAGGGUAGAACCAUUAUUAAAGAUAAGAUCUGCAGGACAAAAGGUACAAGAUUGUUACUUCUAUCAAAUUUUUAUGGAAAAAAAUGAAAAAGUUGGUGUUCCUACAAUUCAACAGCUGCUAGAAUGGUCUUUCAUCAAUAGUAACCUAAAAUUUGCAGAGGCACCAUCAUGUCUGAUUAUUCAGAUGCCUCGAUUUGGAAAAGACUUCAAACUCUUCAAAAAAAUUUUUCCUUCGCUGGAGUUAAACAUAACAGAUUUACUUUACUUGAAGAUAGUAACUCCCAGACAGUGCCGGAUAUGUGGAGGACUUGCAAUGUAUGAAUGCAGAGAAUGCUAUGAUGAUUCUGACAUUUCUGCUGGAAAAAUCAAGCAAUUUUGUAAAACCUGCAACACGCAAGUCCACCUUCAUCCCAAGAGGUUGAAUCAUAAAUACAACCCGGUGUCACUUCCCAAAGACUUACCUGAUUGGGACUGGAGACAUGGCUGUAUACCUUGUCAGAAGAUGGAAUUGUUUGCUGUUCUCUGCAUUGAAACAAGCCAUUAUGUUGCUUUCGUAAAGUAUGGGCGAGAUGACUCUGCCUGGCUCUUCUUUGACAGCAUGGCGGACCGUGAUGGUGGGCAGAAUGGGUUUAACAUUCCUCAAGUUACCCCAUGUCCAGAAGUUGGGGAGUACUUGAAAAUGUCUCUAGAAGAACUGCAUUCCCUGGACUCCAGGAGAAUCCAAGGUUGUGCACGAAGACUUCUUUGUGAUGCAUAUAUGUGCAUGUAUCAGAGUCCAACAAUGAGUCUGUACAAGUAAAUAAUUAUGAUUAACUGGAAAGGAGAAGACACUGUAUGAAAAUUUUUACUGUUGCAUUUUACUUGAGUUGGCUGUGCUAAUUAGCAUCCAUUGCCGGCACUGGAUGCUUCCGUGGUGAUAAUCCUUAAGAAAUGGAUUAAUGCAUUGAAAAACAAAUUGCAUUUAUGUUAUUGAAUAUUUAAAUAAGAAGCAUUUUGCACUCUAGAAAGUAUGUUUGUGUUGGUUUUUUAAAAAGUCUAAUGAAGUUAUUAAAAUCUGAAGCUUUAAGUUAAGUGCAUUGAUCAUAUAAUAUUUUUGGAAGCAUAGAAAUUGAAUUGUAACAGUUUUAAAAACCUCCUUAGUCCAUUGAGAAUGUCAACAGACACACAUGACCCUGCGCUUGGAGAAUUACAGUGGACCAAGGAUACCAAAUAAUUUUUCCUUUGUAGCUAAUGGUUGCCUUGAGGAAGAAAUAAUUUGGUUUUAUUAAGAGGUUUGAUUUCAACACAGUUAUUAGAGUUGUUUUACUGAAUUUGUUUUGUUAACUCUUUCCUAUCUAGUUCAAGGUUUUGCAUGUCAGGAAUCCUCUGAAUUUGUGUUUCUGCAGUUGUCAGAAAAUACUUAACCUUUCCCUCAAUAUUGUUGAUUUCUGUUCUGCUUUUUUUUCCUGAUAAGUGCGUGAAACUGUUUUCUAAAAAAAAUGUCUUUUGUGAUGUAAUGGUCUUGAGGAUUGGGGCAGUGAUUUGACAAAUGAAGCUAUUCAUGUAUAGUAGUAGAUAUCAGCUGACUGAUCUAUUUUUUCAGACUUCUUUAUAAACUUUUUUGUGGAAUGGGGAAUAGUAAAUUUAUAAAAGUGUUCAGGCGUUAAGUUGAACCAAAUACUAGCUUUUAGUAGCCAGUCCUACAUAAAUGUAGUCCAAAACAAUUAAAUUUGGUGUAUGAAGUUAUAUGGUAAAUUUUUCCUAGAAAGAUAUUAGGUCCCGUAAUCUUUUAGUAUAUUUAAAUCUAAAUGCCUAGGACUAAAAAGUUUAGCUAUCCAGGACCAUGGCUAAGAAACUAAGUUGAGAUUAGUUUCAUCUGAGAUAAUGCUUCUUAAGAAUAUUUUUGUAUUCAGUGAAACCAUACUGUCAGCUGGCUUCAUCCUGACUUCUGACUAAACUAAGAAGAAAAGCCUGAUGUUUUCUUAGUUACUAUUCAUUGUGUAUGUAUACUGCGAUUGGAUGUUGUAGAUUCUAUCUAUAGAUAUGAAUUUCCUUGUUGUGGAAUGUGUAGUCUCCAAAUUAUUUUAUACGUUUGAUGUCUAUGGGCUAACUUCCUAACCAUGCAGAAAGAAAAGAGGUUGUGUGCUUAUAGCAUAUGACUAUGAAAGUGUUUAACAUCAUAAAAAUGCCCAAAUAGGUAAAAUCUUUACAAAUAAUGAAAAUUUUAAAAAAUGUAGCACUUUCUUUAAUUGUAUCAUUCCUUUAAAAAUAUUAAUUAACUUUAAAAACUGCAACAGUGUACAAAAAAUUACUAUCACAAAUUGUUGGAAAGCGAGUCUAUAUUCAGAAGAUAAGAUUUGUUCAAUAAUAUUUUGGGGAAGUGCCAUAUAUUUUAAAUAUCACUGCACUGGGACUCAGGAAAUCUGUGUUCUAGUUUUGGAUUUCUUACUAUUUAUUUGACCCUAGGCAAGUCACUGACUUCUUGUGGCCUCAGUUUCUUAAUCUGCAAAAUUAGGGAGUGCAAUAAGGUGACCUGUAAGUUCCCUUCCAGAUUUCAUAUUCUUUAAUUUAUAUAAUACUUUUUCAACUAAGUUCAUUAACAUAAUUAUAAAACAUAGUACUUACUCUAGAGGGUAGGUCAGGAUUCAAAUUGUAAAAUCUUUUAUCUUCAUUAUCUUUAUUUCGUGUCUAUCUUUUGAUAUAACUAUUGAUAUUUAAUACCAGUUGGGCAUUUGAUGAGAGGAAACUAGUAGAUAAUUCUUUCCUUAAAAAUUUUUUAAAAAUGUCUAACUUGAGGAAAACUUGCCUUUGAGGAAAGAUUUUUAGUUAGUUUUUAAAGAACUGAUGAUUUAAUGCUUGCAUUGUUUCCCAUUGAAGUUUGUGGUACAUUUUUUCUGUACAAGGCUCCUUAGCCAUAAUUUAUUUUUGUUAUACUGGGAUUUUAAUUGACUGUUUUACCUUGUCAACAGCACUUAAAAUAAAAGUAAUAGUAGAGGGAAUGAGAGAGAACAGUACUCUGGUUCUUUUUUGAUGACUUGAAAAUUUUUUUAAGGUAGUAAAAAUCCAACCAGAAGUACCCAUCUUGUCUCUUCUUUCUCUUUUGCUUUCUAUUUUUCUCCUUCCCUUUCUCUUUUUUCACCCAGUGUGUCUGAACUGUCAAAUGGGCCAGGUAGGGAGAGAGGACACUGGUGAUGUACUUAGAUGGUGUUACAGCUUUUCCCUUUUCCUACCCUAGUCCCUCUUUUUUUUUUUAUGUCAAGUUCAGUUCUUCAGCCUUUAAAAACUUUUUCAAAUACUUGGAAAUGCUUUCUUCCCCUACUGCUUUUUCGAUAAUCAAGAGAAAAGAUAACGCGUGAGAAUCCUAAUAUGGCAUAAUCAUUAUUACACACAAAUGUGCGUAAAAAUGUUUUAUGUCCACCAAAAGACAAAUAUUAAACAGUUAAUACAGUCGGCCUGUAAGGUCUUUUCUCCCAAUAGCAGCAGAAUAAAGAGCUUCCACCAUAUUAAAGAAACAUUUUAUACUAUAAUAGGUGAAAGGGAAAAUAAAUGUAUUCCGUUCAAAGAAUGAAAAUGUUAAAAAAGAAUUUACUGAUAUUUAUAAGUUAUUUCUUAAGAAUAACUUAAUAAAUAUUUGUAUUAGCCAAUUAUAUAAUUGGUAGAUUCUCUAGUUCCUUCCUAUUCCAAAUUUAUUUGGCCUGCUUUUCCCCCCCAAGUUGUGUUCAUCACAUAGUAAUAUUUUUGAAAUAAAACAUUUUAUAUAUUAAGUCAUAUUAUCUAUCUGAUUUUCUAAGUGAACAUAGAUUAUAUACAAGCAUUACUGUCUCUGCUCACCUUUAUCUUGACACUCACUGCUUAGCUAUAUGAUUUUGUGCUUUUGGAUAGUGGUGGGUAAAGUUGUUCAAAGAUAUUCAAUAAUAUGGAAUAGCAGGCUUUAGCUGAAUCUUAGUGGUUGUCAUGAAAUAAGUUUUAAGUGCCCAUUAUUAUUUGCUUAACUCUGUGCUAAGCUCUAUGGAGAAUUCAAAAGAAGCAUAAGAUACAGUCCCUGUCCUAGGAAAUUUACACCAUAAUUGUGACAUUGGGUUAUCUUAUAUUAUUUUGUUAAUGGUCCCUGGUACUAAUGUGAAUAAUUGAGGGUUAACAAUAGCAUCAGAUGUGUAAUUUGAGUGCAAGGCUACAGAAAGGAUAAAUUUUAUACUGGCUUUCCCUCAGAUAUCUGUGGUCAUUGGGAAAGAAUGGCUGUGUCUUUCCAAACGCAAACAAUUCUUCCCAUAUUUUAAGAUGAAUUUUUGUUGUGUUAUCUGGAGUUUCCCCUCACUAUUUGAAGUCUGGAAAAAUGUAGUUUCUGCAGACCAAAGAAAUAAGGAGAAAACUUACCAUGUAAAAUUGGAGACAGCACACUAUCAGCUGCUUGCUAGGUGAAAACGUACAAUCACGCGUGGAAACUGUGAGGUAGUAGUUUACUUUUUCUUGUUGGGUGGAAUAGUAUUUUUUUUUUUAGGAAAUGGUAACAUUAACAAAACAUCUACCCCUUUCUGUUGAUGAAGAAAAUCAUGAAAUUCCCAAAGCUUAGACAAAAAAUACAAAAUAGAACCCAACAUUUGCCAAUAAAAUAGCAGACAAACUCUUGAAAAUGUGUGUGAUGAGAGGUACUAAAUGUAAACAAGGGCUCACAUUAGUCAUAGAUAGAUGUUACUCUUGUCUUUUCAGAGCAAAGGAUUUCAGAAAGCAAAUCAUGCUACUGAAAAUCAACAAUAUUUUACUUGAUAUUUUGAAAAAAAUAUAUUAUUCUGAGUAAAAGGAGGGGAGGAACUUUUUUUUUAUAGGAACCAGUGAAGACUUUCUAAAAUUGUCACCUAUCAGGUGAGCAAAGGGAAGGAUUCAGUAGACUUGUUAAAGGCCUGUUUUUGUGGCUGUAAACAAGAUUAAAAAAGUAGAAAAUAAGCUUGACCCAGAGUGCAAAUAUUUUUAGACAAAAGUUGAACAGAAAUUAUAUAUAUUACUUUGGGAGGAGGAGAAAGGAUUUUAUUUCUUGUUUUCCUGUCUCCAGCAGGGAGGCACCUUUUCCUUUGCAGUACUGAAGGCAUAAAUUUUUUCUUUUUGCCUGGAUAAGGUAAGGAAAAGAAGCUCAGUGCUGAAAACCUAACUUUUAGCAACUGGAGUUUCAGAAAACAAAUAUCCUCUAUAUAAAUAGUUAACUUGAAUUUGACAUAUAUCUGUAAGUAUCUAUAUAUGUAUCAUACAUAUAUAGAGAUAUACAUAUAGAUAUAUAUACACACACAUACAUACAUACACGUAUUUAAAGCACUUUUUUUUCCUAAAGGAAUAUCGUGGAGACAUAGGUGUCCCUGGUGACAGUUGGCUUUAUUAUACAAAAUGGCCUAAUACUGUAUAAUUCCAACUCCUGAAAGCCUUUACAUUACGUUGUUGGGGAUUUUGGUUCUAUUUGUAAUUUUCAGAUUGUUUGGGGGUUUGUUUAUUGUUAGUUUGGUGUAAAGAAACAUGCUUUAUUGUGUGCUUUCCAUUCUUGGUAUCUUAUUAAACCUUUUUUUUUGCUUGAAGAAUAUGCUUUAUUUAUGAAAACAUUCUUAAAAAAACAUCAUUGGAUAUCCCAUUAUUAUCAGGUUGCUCUGAUUUAGCCUUAAUUUUGUUAAAUUUUUUAGAGAUGAAUGAAGUGCUGCUGUGGAAAGGAAUGUACUAUAUACUAUUUCUGUAUCAUUAAAAUUAAAUUUUUAUGGUUC